GCAUAGACGCGACCCUAUCGUCACCAGAAGCAGAUCGGCAAACCGACGAGCAGCCAAUAUGGCUGCCAACGUGCAAAAUCUAGUUCUGCAACAAAAUGCUAAUCCACCUAAUCAACCUGCCCCACGUGCACGAGCUCCCAUGUCACCACCAGAUCUCUAUCUAUUUGAUCCGGCGCACCAUCUCGCAGGAGCAUGGCUGGUCACGCUUAGAGCACAGCAGUACGAUGAUCACGAAGCACAUAUCAACAUUCCGGCUCGAAUGGGAGGAGAUGCUCAUCAUUGGUAUAGUACCUAUGUAUGGGUGGAUCUCCCAACCUUCGAGCGGGACUUUUUGAACCGAUUCGAUAAUGUCCACCCUGAGCAAGCGCUGUACAUGAUCAAGGAUCGAGUACAAAAACCGCUCGAAUCCGUCGCGGAAUAUCGAAACCGGUUCUACAGAAUGUUCGUAAAAACUGAGCGAGGUGAGCAAGUAGGGAGAGAUCUGUUCAUUGACGGACUCCGCAGUCGAACAAUAAGGGCUAAGUUGCGAAAGCAAUUUUCCCCCAUCACCCAUACGCUACAACAAAUUAUGGCUGUUGCGGAAGAAAUGGAACGGAAGUUCGCAGCGGACUUCCUGGAAGGAGAAGAUUACCCUAGAGACGGAGAUUCGACCGAGCUCACUCGAGCAAGAGCAGAGCUGGCUGCCUUACAAAACAAAUUUGAAAACAUGGGGUUCGUAUCAGGACCUGUCACCUAUAUGGAACAGAUAGGCCCCAAACGAGUAAUCCUAAGUGAGACUCCGAGCAUCUCUGCUCCUAUGAUGCCCCCGCCCGUCAGGGCAUUCCCCCCGCCGCUGGUAGAGGCUCCUGUACGAUCAAACGAAUCGGCGACCAUUUUCGAACUAACCAAAUAUUUGAUUAGUUUGAUCCAAGAAAGCAAAAAGGAGCAGCGAGAGCACAAUGCUCGGCUGGAAGCCAUGAUGAGGAACAUGCGACCUAUUGCGGUGCGUGCCCCUCCGAUGCAACAAGGAUUAGCCCCCGCCCCUGCUCUCGGAGGAGCUGCGAACAAUCUGAAUGUUUGCUACGCCUGUCAUCAGCCGGGACAUCUAGCCCGUGACUGCCCCCACCGAACCCCACAACAGCGGAUCGGAGUCGCACCUAUGGCCGCGGCCCCCAUCGCCAACGGACCUGGACGAGUCGGAGCCUUGAUGGAAGAAGUAGAGGGUGGGGGAAGUGCCCUGGCCACCACGGAAGAGGCCGCCGAGCUAAUUCCGCUAGAUCAGUACGUAUCGCUGGGAUAUCCUGGGCUAGGAAUGAUCGAAACAAUCAGACCAACGCCAGAACCAAAAGAGGUGGCGGAGUGGCGACUGUCCUUAGGAGAAAUGGAGUCGGGAGGACCCACCUUCGUCAUAGGGGAGAUCGAUGUAUUAAACAUCGUCCGAGCUUUGGACCAUCGGAUUCCCCUUCCGAUCGGUCACCUACUCUCGAUCUCCGAGCAAGCCAACGAGCGAAUGUUACAGCAUUGCAAAGCGAAUCGAAAGCGAUUCGCCCUCGCCCGAGCACCGAACGUAAAAGCCAAAGGCCCCGCGCCGGAAGAAGACCCAACAAACACUCCGGAUCCGAUACGGUUAGGAUUAAUUCAGAAAGACGAUCAUUUCCUACGGAUUAAACCCAUUCCGUGGAAAUCCGCAGAGUGCGAUUUAGAAAUUUGGGAAAUUCCUUACAACGCAAUUAUAGACUCAGGAGCAGCUGUGUUGGCUAUUUCACUGAGAGUGGUCGAAAGGGCAGGCAGGAAAAACGAUCUGAUCAUGCUCACCGAGAAAGAUCAGCUCGUCUCGGCAGAUGAGGAAAAGAUUAAAAUUGUGGGGAGAAUGACCAACGUCGCCUUCCGAGUACGAAAAGUACACGCGUUUGGGGAUGUCGUAGUACUAGAUGUUAAUACAUACGGCGUUCUUUUCGAACUUCCUGCUCUUGUGGCGUUACGAGCAAACCUGGAUUUCGAACGACGAUCGAUCGUCCUCCGAAAUACAGGAGGAAAAUCCUACGCUGUGCCCAUGCGAUUGACCCUUCGCACUACUAUUAAAGUGGUUCCGCAGAUUUCGCCGAUGAUAGCAGGGACUUUCCGCAUGAUCUCCUGGGACGAACCCGCAGAAGGAAAGCCAUCAACUGAUGAUGUGGAAAGCAGUGACGAAGAUGAUCCGGAGAUCUUGAAAUUGUGGGUUUGGUGUCCGAUGGGGAUUUGCAAUGCGCCUGCCACGUUUCAGCGAGCGAUGAACAUGACGUUCCAGAAUUUCGUCAACAAGACACGGCUGACGCAAGGGAUGAUCAACUUCUGUGUGAUCGUGUACAUGGACGACAUCCUGGUCUAUUCGGAGACCUAUCAUGGGCACGUGCAACACAUCGAGUGGACAUUGGGCGCAUUGAGAGAUGCUGGGUUCAAAAUUGCGCUCGAGAAAAGCGAAUUUUUCCUAUCGAAAAUUUCGUUCUUGGGCUACGUCGUGACACGUGGAGGAUUGCGGCCGGACUCGAGAAAAGUGGCGGCGGUAAAGGAAUCCCCGGUUCCCACGUCACUAACGCAGGUUCGAGCCUUUUUGGGACUGGCGUCGUACUACCGGCGCUUCAUCAAGGGCUUUGCCGCGAUUGCACGACCGCUAACGAACCUGUUACGGAAGGACCAACCUCUCAGUUGGGACGCGGAGUGCCAGCAGGCCUUUGCAGCCCUCAAAGACGCUCUGGCAACGGCCCCUAUUUGGAUUCGGUCGGACCCCUCAAAGCAGUUCAUUCUCAUCACGGACUGGCAACCGGAAGCUAUUUCCGCUAUUCUAGCACAGAAGGGGAACGAUGGUCGCGAACACGUCAUCGAGUACGCGUCUCGAACCAUACCGGACGAACGAAGAAACGACUCCGCACCUCAAGGCGAGUGCUAUGCGGUAGUUUGGGGAAUCCAACACUUCCAUCCGUAUCUCUACGGACAGAAGUUUCGCCUUGUAACGGAUCACGAGCCUCUGCUAGCGCUGAAGAAACUCACCAACUACACGGGCAUGAUUGGCCAUUGGGCGGUGCGACUACAAGAAUACGACUUCGAUAUCGUCCAUCGAAAGACGGAACGGCAUGGCAAUGCGGACGGGCUGACACGUCUGCACCGACCUGUCAAGGCUUGGCGAACCAACGUGGAGGGAGAACUCCUCGCGUUUCUGUUCGGUACAGUACGGCCCGGACAUCAAGAACUCGUCGCGCAAGAGCUCGCGAUCCCGGUGGCGCAGCUGGCGGACGAUCUCCCUCUCGACAUCAUCUCGCAAGACGACGAGCACCCAAUUCCUCAUGUACUUUCUCGCACGUUGACGCCGUAUCUCCAGUGGUCGGCUUGUGUGGACGGAGCCGCAGAGCGCAUCCCGCCGUCGCAGCAGCAGUAUUUGGAUCCCCUAACGGUGUGUGAUCCUGCCUUCUUCAGGCAUCAAACGAAAGAGCAGCUUGCUGUCAUUCCAGAGGAAGAAGAGGAGGAAGAAAGCACUGAGAGUGACGAAGGAGAAGACGAGCGGGAAGAAAGCGGGGAAAGCGACGAAGUACUCGGGGAAGAGGACGAAACCCCCGAAGAAGGAAGCUAUAGCGAGCAUAGCGAGGGGGAGCAGAGCGAAGAAGAAGAAGAAAACAACGAAGGAAAAGAGGAGAACGAAGAAGGACCUGCGGAAUCGGAGUGGGAAGCUGUGCCGGAAGAAGCGCUGCGCACGGGCACGGAGGCUGAAGAUCCGGAGGCGGCCCGCAAAAGAGAAGAAACUGCGGCCGGGAAGAGGGAACUAGAGUUUGCGAGCGGAGCAAGCUUGCACGUCCACGACGACCCAAACCAAGAUCCGGAGCCGCCCCGACCAGAACAUGGCGACCUCACGGCCACGACUCCGACCCCAUCAACGCGGCGACGGAGCCGAUCCCCCUCCUCCCCAACCCGUCCCCCAGUUCGCCGACGUACCGAUACGGGCGAUCGGCCUUCGUCCCCGAUUACUCUCUCGCCAUCCUCUUGACUACCUUACCCUCCGCCAGCUCACCACCCCCAUCACGUUCCCCUCCAACCCGUUUCCCCGCGAUACCUUCCGCCACUUCUAUGUUGCUCGCCUCGCUAUAGUAGUGCACCUCCACCCCUCCAUUCAAUGCGCCGUCCCAACCUUCUGCCUCCAUGUUUUGCUCCUUAGUGCCGCGUGGCGAGGCCACAAUAUGAUCGAGGUUUAUUGCAUAGUAACGGGGACCAUCCCCGCCUGCGAAGAUCGCGAUCGUUUCCGCGCGGCACUUUUCCGA